CCCAGUGCUGAGCUCCCUGUCACACAGCUGGUCCUGCUCCCUUUCCAAGAUGCUAUUUUGGCACAAUCAGCCGGAGCACCUAUGGCCCAGUCCCGGGGAACUGUACCCGGGGCCCACAAGCAGCUUGCUCAGGGAGUCCCUGCCCUUGCCCUACCUGAAGCAGGAGGAGCUGCCCAACAUCCCCAGUGAGGAGCUGCCCUGCCCCGCAUUGCAGUAUGUGCUCUGUGCAGCCACCUCACCGGCCGUGAAGCAACAGGAGGAGGCCCUCACCUACCUAAACCAGGGCCAGUCCUAUGAGGUGCAGAUGCUCUGCAACUCCAAGCUGGGCGAUGCCACCCAGUGGCCCCGGCUGCUGAAGAGUGUGGUGCGUGUGGUGUUCCAUGACCGACGCCUGCAGUACACGGAGCAGCAGCAGCUGGAUGGGUGGAGGUGGAGCCGGCCUGGGGACCGCAUCCUGGACAUCGAUGUACCACUGUCCGUGGGGGUGAUAGAACCCCAAAUGCUGCCCUCACAACUCAAUACAGUGGAGUUUCAUUGGGACCCGACCAAAAGGACCUCCCUCUUCCUGCAGGUUCACUGCAUCAGCACUGAGUUCACUCCUCGGAAAAAAGGUGGAGAGAAAGGCGUCCCCUUCCGCCUCCAGAUUGACACCUUCAAGCCCAGUGACAAGGAGCUUCCACCUGAACACCUGCAUUCAGCUGGCUGCCUCAUCAAGGUGUUCAAGCCCAAAGGAGCUGACCGGAAGCUGAAAACUGACCGAGAGAAGAUUGAGAAACAGCCCCUGCAUGAGAGGGACAAGUACCAGGCUGCCUGUGAGAGCACGGUCUUCGUGGAGUGUUCACCGUGGCCAGAGCCCAGUGCAGGGCCCUAUCUGCCUCUCAGCCCUCUGGCUCUGACCUCGCCCCACUCCUGCAAGCUGCUGUCCCCAGAGAGGCUCUGCUACUCACCACCAUUCCUCUUGGACACCUUGGGGGGCAGCCCAGCUGAGGAUCUGAUCCCAGGAGCCUCCAUCCUAGAGACGCAGCAGUGGUUGCAUCGGCACAGGUUCUCCAGCUACUGUAGGAUGUUGGCCAAUUUCACCGGCACUGAUCUGCUGAAGCUUACCCGCCAGGACCUUAUCCAGAUCUGCGGGGCUGCCGACGGGAUCCGCCUUUUCAAUACUCUUAGAGCCAGGCCUAUCCGUCACCGGCUGACUUUAUAUGUGGCUCAGGAGGCCUCUAGGCAAGAGAACGAGAUUCCUAAGAGCCCUGACUCAGGCUUUUACCAAGAGAUUUCUUUGGAUGAACUCAGUGCCGUAGAGCUGAUGGGGAAACUGGCAGAGCUCUUGGCCCUCCCAGCCAAUCAGAUCCACCGCCUCUUCCACCAGGGCCCUGGGGGUAUCCUCAUUCUCCUCAGCGACCAGGUGGUUCAGAAUCUUAAGGACGAAUCACACUUUGUGGCUGUGGUGAAGAAAGGUAGGGGUUUUACUGGGAGAUGCCAGCUUCGUUUGUGUCAAAGGGACGGAUUCAUGUAGCUAUUUACUGCUCAGGAAAAAUGUGACAGAAUACAUGCAUUCUCAUGCGGGAAAAAGGUGCCCCGUUUCCGUUGGGGGUUUAUUUCAUAGAAGACCUCCUCACUUCAGCCCCACCCACCCUGCAACAUGCCCAGCCGGGCAGGUGCUUGCUGACCAGUCAGCAGCUGUGGUUCUGGUUACCAGGACGGCUGCCCUGUCCCUCCUGCUACAGCACAGAGGGAGGCUUUCUGAAAUGGUGGAUUUGAGGUGGGGUUGGCAGAUGGUGCUGUCCGCCACUCGGAGGUUUGGGGGGCAGCACAGCAGUGAUGGUUGGGGGCAAGCCUCAUCCCAGUGGUGCCCC